GCUUGUUCUCUGCAGUUACAGGAUUUCAAGAAGAAGAAGAAAUCAGUUCUCAGGGAGCAACCUGAUACAUUUCCCUCUUUCCUUCCUAUUCUGGGAAGUGCUGGUGCUGCAGCUGAGAUGUGCAAGAUGUCUUUCAAGAAGGAAACGCCUCUUGCCAAUGCUGCUUUUUGGGCUGCGCGGAAAGGAAACCUGGCACUGCUUCAACUGCUGCUGAACAGCGGACGAGUCGAUGUGGACUGCAAAGACAGUACUGGAGCCUCAGCUCUAAUGGUGGCUUCAUAUGCUGGACACAUGGACUGUGUGCGGGAGCUGGUGUUACAGGGGGCAGAUAUCAAUCUCCAGCGGGAGUCUGGAUCUACUGCCCUGUUUUUUGCUGCUCAGCAAGGUCACAAUGACAUAGUUCGAUUCCUCUUUGAAUUCGGAGCCUCUACUGAAUUCACUACUCAAGAUGGAGGAUCAGCUUUGCUUGCAGCUAGUCAAUAUGGUCAUUACCGGGCAGUGGAAACACUUCUGAAGAAUGGAGCCAACAUUCAUGACCAGCUUUGUGAUGGAGCCACUUCAUUGUUUCUUGCAGCACAAGGGGGCUAUGUUGAUGUAGUUCGCUUGUUACUCACAUCCGGGGCAAGAGCAAAUCAACCAAGACAGGAUGGAACCACACCUCUGUGGAUUGCUGCACAGGUGGGGCACAGUGAAGUGGUCAGAGUUCUGCUACUCAGAGGAGCGGAUCGAGAUGCUGCCCGCAUUGAUGGCACGACUGCAUUGUUUAAAGCAGCUACUAAGGGAUUCAGUGAAGUUAUAGAAGAAUUGCUGAAAUUCUCUCCCUCACUCAACAUUUUAAAGAAUGGGUCUUCAGUUCUUCAUGCCGCAGUUCUUAGUGGAAAUUUAAGGUCAGUGAGACUUCUCUUAGAAGCAGGAGCAGACCCAAUGCUUAAAAAUAAGGUCAAUGAACUACCAGCAGAUCUAACAAAAAAUGAGCGUAUAUUACGGCUUCUGCGGAACAAAGACAAACUGGGGCUGUUGUGAUUAUUUUUAGUUUUCCUACAGAAAAUGCACUGCUCCCUGUUAUAUUGCUGCGAGCCAGGUACUUCAGUGGCUCAACAUGAUUUAAAGAAAGCCUCUCCUAUACUGAUUUAAAGUGGUCGAAGUCACAAAUAUGCAAACAAAUUAUUAUGCGACAAAUUACUAACUAAUGAGCCAUGUAAAUAUCGCUGUGUCUUUAAUAGUUAUGCCAGCAUAUGAAGGCACCUUUCAAUGUAACGUGGGUAGGAAUUAAUAUUUUUUUGAGGGGUCAUAAUAUCAGGGAGAUAUUAAACCAGUUAUGCUAUUUUCAGGUCAAAUCAGGGAGUCUGCCUCCUCUAUCUCGGAGGAUAUGUUCAUUAUUCUAAUCAGCCUUAAAGUACUGAUCCAACUCGCUGGGUGGUAACAUUUACCUGAUCUCUUGAAAUCUACCAGCAUUGGCCUUGGACAAACUAACUAAUAUUCUAUACUUUGUUUCUAGAGAUGGAACACUCAUAUAGAAUAGAAUUAGUAGGCAUGUUGAUUUAAAAAAAAAAAAAAAAAAAUGACACCUACAAGGAAAUCAUAAAGGUAUGUUGCUGCUGGACUGAUCUCAGGUUUGGACCUUGAGUCAUCGAUGGGGAACAGUGUCAACUUCACAGACCCAUGUGGGCGUCUAAAGGAUUUAAAUGAUGAUGGGAAUCAAUGGGUCUAUAAUGUACAUAUUAGGGG